AUAGGUUCAUGAAUGUAAUCAGACCGGUAUCCAAACCAGGCAAAAAGAAUGUAGGGCUCUACAAACAAACGUCCUGUUCAUUAACCAGGAAGUCUACCAGCCUCAGCUUUCAAAGUGAUUGAUCAGUACCCACCGAGUCCUAAGAGGAACAUUCCUUCACAUUUAAAACGUAUGUGGCUCAAUAUAAAUGGGAAGACCUUUACAAAUAUUGAAGUCUUGCUCGGUUGCUAAAGCCAGGAGCUUCCUGACACCAAGGAAUGACCUUCAACUUGCUGCUUUAAAGGAAAUUCUAGUCUCGGAUAUGCUUAAGUGAGAGAGUGAGUAAAUUUGCACAAUGUGGCUGUACCAGAUCCCGGUACUAAUCUCUGCUUUUGCUGGCUCCUUUGCACUGACAGAGUUGCCCAAACCCAUUCAGGUGCAGUUCAAUUCCAGUAACUUCAUGUAUAUACUCCACUGGACACCUCAAGGACCUGAAGAUUCCGUGUAUGAUGUUGAGUACCAGAUUUAUGGAGAUGUGUGGAAGAGUAAGUCUGAGUGUUACCACACCUCUGCUCACUACUGCGAUUUAACCAAUGAGAUUGCACAGGAGGAUAACUGGUACUACGCCAGGGUGAUGGCAGUGUGGAAGAACACCAGUUCAUCCUGGUCCAUGUCCAAACGCUUCUGCCCAUUGGACAAGACUGUUGUUGGAGCCCCUGAAGUGAAGUACACAGUGAGCACUCGAUCCAUCAAGGUCCGGGUGGAACCACCGACUGUCCCACCCAUUGGGGGACUUCAGCGUUCUAUUAAGAACAUUUUCUCUGUUGUUGAAUAUAACGUGCAGCUCAGUAAACCUGCGACAAAUAAAGUGGUAUUUCUUGCCGAAAAUGAGAAUGGAAAGUUCACAGUUGAACCUUUGGAGCCCAAUACAGAAUACUGUGGGACUGUGAAACUUGUCUUGAAGAGAGGAAUCUUUUCAAAAGAGAGUCAGACUGUAGAUUUCUGCAUCAAGACUGAGCAAGAAUGGACAUUGAUGGUUAUUCUGCCAACUACUGGGUUUAUUUUGUUUGGAGUACUCAUCAUUGGAACAUUUAUCUGGAUGGCACACAGUUACACAAGACACCACAGGACUCUGCCCCAAGCUUUGGUUCUGGACAAAAUCCUUUUGAAGAAGCAUUCUUCACUACAGUCAACACCCACACGCCACCUGAUCUCCAGCCAUAAGGAUAUUUUUCAGUUUGAAAAGAUUGUUCAUAUGGAGGACAUAUGUCUUUUAAAGUAUCAUUCUCGUGACACAGAAGAAAUAUUGAAACCAAGAGAACUUGGCUUAGUCACACAGUGGGGCACCUAUGCACCCCAACAUCACACCAGGAAACUUCAGACAAACUUUCCAAGUUGCAGUGAUUGUGAAACUCAGGGUGAUAUCUCCUCUGGGCUGGUGGAUAGUGGAUGUUCUUCACCUUAUCGUCCCCAAAGCAGUGAGGGUCUGUCGAAUGCCCAAGCAUCAAGUCAAAAUGGUUCACGGUCACUGGCUGAAAAUUAUGGUGCAGUUCUUCAAAUGAUAUCUCCGGAAAUUGAUGCAAUCAGAGACAGUUUAACCACCACACAAAAUAAACCAUUAAAUGCCUUGCAAAUGCUGAGAAAAGACCUUUUUUACAACAAAGGAGGCCAAAUAUUGUGGACUGGUCCUGGAAUGGGGAUGCAGAUAUCAAAGCUGCUGGAAGGAGAGCCAAUACCAUUUCUAUCAUUACAAGAUGACAAGCAACGAACACAUCCAACUGAUUGGAAGGAGAACCAGCCAAUGGAAACGUCAUUGGUGUCUUCAUUGAAAGAAGAAAUCCAAAUCAACCCAUUGUUGUGUCAAUACAGGCCACAAGUGAAGACAGAAACAUUUCCGUCAUUGUCAAAGGACAAGGAUGAUGCUUCAUUUAUGCAGUGUGAAGGAAUGGAUGACCAACCAUCAAAAGAAGUAUCCUUAACUGAUGUUUUACAAACUGAUGGACAUCUACCUAGGCCCUUGUUGGAUGAAUUCACUGUCCUGGCCCAGGUAAAACCUAUGAGGGAACGUGAAUAUAAAAGUCAGGUGCUAACCUUGCAUUCAUCAAUAAAGGAAGGGCAGCGACAGACUUUACGUGCAAAUACUACAGUUCAACCCAGCAACCUUCUUGCAGAUUGGGAAAUACACAUUCACAUCGACGAAUAGAUCACUAAACAGGUAGUGCUUGUCCUGGAUGUACAUGGUUCCAAUGAUGUCCAAACCUGACCCUUGUGAUUGGAAUAUAUUUGAAUAGUAGAAAGACAACUUCUGAAGAUAUUUCAUAUCUUCAUAUGGGCUGCCCCCAGAACACUACGCAAAAAGAUGUAUUUCACUGUGUGUUUCGAUGUAUAUGUGACUUAUAAAGAUAUCUUAUUUGGUUAA